AAACCUGUCAGUUUUUCAUAUUUUUUAUAACUAAAUCAGACAAAAAUACAAAAAAUUUAAUAAAAAUUUCAAAUUAUCAUAAAAAUUGGAAAAUACAAUUUAGAAACAUCAAAAAGCGUCACGUUUUGCAAGUAUUAGCCGAAUUCGUCUGCGAUUCUGUCUAAUGUCUGUAUUACCCCGAGGUUACGAAUGCUGCCGGCCGUGUCCUAGGUACGGCUGUGUACGCGGAGAGUACAGCAUCUACCACAAGCGGCCACGCUACGGGCAGCCCCGACCCCAGCCGUUUACAAGGGAAUGCGCCUGCUAUUGCAGUGGACCCACUAACGCUCCAAUGGAGAGGCCAUGCCGCUACGACAUGCCAUGCAAGGCGCACUGCUUCAACCACGGCGCGUGCACGCGGCCCAGCGGGCGCUACGCGCGCACGGUCUGGUAUCCCGGCGAGUGCUGCCCCGCCUGCCCGCCCUGCCAGACCUUCACGUGCCCCAGCCCACCCUUCCAUCCCUGCUGCUUCCAGACCUGCAACAAGUUCUGA